AAAAACUAAAACCCCGCCUCUCUUCUUCUUCUUCUUCCUCCUCGCAAAAACCCUAACUUUAACUGCUCGCGCCAUCUUCCGCUAAAUUUCAGGGCGAAUCCUCGUGCCGAUUGCGGCUCCUCGCAUUCAGCAGGGCGAAGAGAUGCUGCGCAGGAACAUAAGGUUGAGGAGGGAGUACCUGUACCGGAAGAACUUGGAGGGCAAAGAGCGGUUGCUCUACGAGAAGAAGCGGAAGAUCAAGCAAGCCCUUGAGGAUGGGAAGCCGAUUCCGACUGAGCUGAGGAACGAGGAGGCCGCGCUCCGGCAAGAGAUCGACCUCGAAGAUGAAAACACUGCCGUUCCGAGGACACACAUUGAUGAUGAGUAUGCACAUGCCAUGGAGAGAGAUCCAAAAAUAUUACUCACUACAUCUAGGAAUCCGAGUGCUCCUCUUAAACAAUUUGUAAAGGAAUUGACAAUUGUAUUCCCUAACGCGCAGCGUAUGAAUCGUGGUGGUCAGGUUAUAUCUGAAAUUAUUGAAACCUGCCGAGCACAUGACUUCACUGAUGUGAUCUUGGUUCAUGAACAUCGUGGUGUGCCGGAUGGUUUGAUAGUCAGCCAUUUACCUUUUGGUCCAACUGCAUAUUUUGGAUUACUCAAUGUUGUUACAAGGCAUGAUAUUAAGGACAAAAAGGCGAUUGGCACUAUGCCUGAGGCCUAUCCUCAUUUGAUUCUUAACAACUUCUCAACCAAGUUGGGACAAAGAACGGCCAAUAUUUUGAAGCAUCUAUUUCCAGUGCCUAAGCCUGAUACCAAACGCAUUGUUACUUUUGCUAAUCAGUCAGAUUACGUUUCCUUCAGGCAUCAUCUUUAUGAGAAGGAUGGCGGUCCCAAAAGUGUCGAGCUUAAGGAAAUAGGCCCUCGGUUUGAAUUACGCCUAUAUCAGGUAAAGUUGGGCACGGUGGAUCAGACUGAAGCGCAAAUCGAAUGGGUCAUCAGGCCAUAUAUGAACACAUCAAAAAAGAGGAAGUUCAUUGGAGACUGAUGAUGGGUACCAGCAAAUCUUUUGUUGCAUUUGUCUCUAAGAAACUCGCCCAGAUAGCUUGUGAUCAUCUUCAGCUGUGGAUGCCUUGCCUAUGAGAAGAAUGUGGUGGAAUUUGCACUCUGGAGUCCUCUUUAUUUUGCCUCUGGUCAUUAAAUGCUUUCCAGGGCAACAAGAAUGCAACCGCUGGCAUUGUGAUUGGAAUUUCCUUUACUGGAAGUGAGAAUUUGUAGUAUGCUCCUGUUAUAGGAGGGCUACUGGGACGUUUAAUUCUCGUUUGGGCUGUCAUUAACGUAGCAUCCUACCCUGUAUUCUUCAUUUAUUUUUUCUACACAACAUUGAGAUGUGUUGUAUCUCGAUUUGAAAGUAAGAUGUUGCCCCUUAGGCAAAACAGAUUUCCUCUCCUUUAUCUCCAUCACAUGAAGGUGGGAUUCUGCUGCA